UUUUAUUUCUUGCUCGUCCAGCGUGUCAGGCCAAUGUUCCAUGUUAACUUUACUUCAAGUCUUGAGACUCGCUCCCCACCAUAUGAAAUCCAAACAAUUGCCGUUGGGAUUUAUUUUCCUAAUAGCCUCAGUGUCAGGUUACUUUGGCGGCACGGAAGUGACGGCCUACGUAGCCUCUAAUCAUGGCGUCGUGGAACUGUCAUGAGCAUCAUAGAAUGUCGCUCAGCAAUAUGGUUCAGGGUCAACGCUGUUGUGCCUUUCUUUACACCCACAUGACUUACUGCUGGGUUUGCGCACGGAUGUGAGGAGGCCAAUCUUGAGUCUAAUAAUUCCCCAACGCGUGGCGGAGACUAUUACGUACGUCGCGAUGAACGAAAGUAGGAAUGGAUCAAGUGUUCUUGUGAGUUUUGGGAAAUAAAGCUCUUUUAGUUGAGACUCUUCCCCUCGGCAAUGUGUUAAUUCCAUCCGGUGGCUGGGGAGUAUCUCCGGGAAUGGGGUUAGUUCCGUGAUGAAUUGGUGAAGACAUUGCUGAGUUUAUGGCAGGGGCCAUGCGUUUCUUAAUUGGCAUAGGCGGUUAUGUAUUGCCCCAGUUUAAAUUAGAUGAUCUUCCUGCGGGCGACGCCGUCACCGGUCGGAGCGAGCUGAACCGAAUCAAUGUCUCGGGAAAACCUGGACUUCUUGUACAUAUAUGGCAGCUACCCUCUCUUGGACGAUCUGCAGCAAUAAAACAGUGAGGCGGGGCCCCAUA